UCUUUUUAUGGCUUGUAAUAUGUCUUCUCCUAUGAUCAUAACAAAUAACAACAACAUCUUCAACUUCCACUCCUCCUUCAUUGUUAUUGUCUAAGGUUGUUGCUGCUAAAAAGAGCAUGGCCUCCAACAUGCUCUCCAUUGCCAACCCUUCUCUUCGGGUCUCUAACAAGGGAUUUUCUGAAUUUGCUGGUUUACACACAUCAUCCCUUCCCUUUGCUCGUAGGGGAUCUGACGACUUGGUGGCUCUAGUGGCCUUCCAGACUAAUGCUGUUGCUGGGAAGAGAAGUAGCCAGAACGGUGUAGUAGAGGCAAAACUAAAGGUAGCAAUCAAUGGAUUUGGAAGGAUUGGAAGAAACUUCCUAAGGUGCUGGCAUGGCAGGAAGGACUCUCCCUUGGAAGUUGUUGUGAUCAACGACAGUGGAGGUGUCAAACAAGCUUCCCACCUUCUCAAGUACGAUUCCAUCCUCGGCACAUUCGAUGCUGAUGUUAAGCCUGAGGGAAAUGAUGCCAUCUCCGUCGAUGGCAAAGUUAUCAAAGUUGUUUCAGACAGGAACCCCCUCAACCUCCCCUGGAAAGACUUGGGUAUCGACUUGGUGAUCGAAGGAACAGGUGUGUUUGUGGACAGAGAAGGAGCUGGAAAACACAUACAAGCAGGAGCAAAGAAGGUGCUGAUCACAGCCCCAGGGAAGGGAGACAUACCAACCUAUGUUGUGGGCGUUAACGAGGAGGGCUAUACCCAUGCUGAUACUAUCAUCAGUAACGCUUCCUGUACCACUAACUGCUUGGCUCCCUUUGUUAAAGUCCUUGACCAGAAAUUUGGCAUCAUUAAGGGAACCAUGACCACCACUCACUCCUACACCGGAGACCAAAGACUCCUAGAUGCGAGCCACAGGGAUCUUAGACGUGCAAGAGCAGCAGCCUUGAACAUUGUCCCAACAUCAACUGGUGCUGCCAAGGCUGUUGCCUUAGUCCUCCCUAGCCUUAAGGGCAAGCUCAACGGAAUCGCUCUUCGUGUUCCCACCCCCAACGUCUCUGUUGUUGACCUUGUCGUCCAAGUCACCAAGAAGACCUUCGCCGAAGAAGUUAAUGCCGCCUUUAGGGAGUCUGCUGACAACGAACUCAAAGGCAUUCUGUCGGUCUGCGACGAGCCUCUUGUUUCUGUGGAUUUCAGAUGCACUGAUGUUUCCUCUACUGUUGAUUCUUCCUUAACUAUGGUUAUGGGAGAUGAUAUGGUGAAAGUUAUUGCUUGGUAUGAUAAUGAGUGGGGUUACUCUCAAAGAGUUGUUGAUCUUGCUGACAUUGUUGCUGACAAGUGGCAGUAAUAAUUGAUCAUUUAUGUAAACAAAAUGAAACUUAAUCCCUUUGCCUCAUUGAUCAUAUAUUUAGCACAAUGAUCACCAAUUUUCCCAUGUUGUUAGUAAUUGUUUUCUUUCUUUUUGUAAUAAGAGAAUCUUUUUUUCAAAUUUGUAUAGGGAACAAAUCAAAUAUUCUUGCAUAUAUUUAUUAUGUGGGGGAAUCAAAUCCUUUUGCCUUAUGAAAGAUGCUGACUUGUUCAUAUUA